AUGCCGACAGCACAGGAGAAGCGUGAACUCCUUUUCAACGUCAACAUACCCAUCGAGCUGCCCACAAAGGAAUUCGAGGACGACUGGUGGCCGCUCAUCUCAAACGCAUGGACUUGUAACUCGGGGCCUAAACCAACCCCCAUCGGCGCGCCCCUCGGCUACAUCAGGAACUACUCCUGUAGACUCGCCGCCAAAUACAACCCAAAACCCAAAGACACCUCCAACGACACCCCCGACACAAAACGCAGGAAAAGAACCUCUCGAGUCCCGUGCGAAUGCCAGGCUGCGAUCAAGAUCACUCAUGUCACCGCAACGGGGAUCACGACCGUCGAACGGAAUCAUUACGACACACCUGCGAUUCAUACGCAUUCGCUUGCGGAUGUCGACAAGGUCAGGAGGCCCGCUGCGAUCAAAACGUUGAUCGGCAAGGAGACUUUGAAAAGCAACAGCCCGCUGGAGACCAUUGCUUCUAUCAGGCAACUGGCCGAAGAAAGUGGGCUAGGCGAGGUGGCUGCCUUUGUGACACGCACGGAAUUAGUUAACACUCGCAGGAAACAACGACAGACAGAUUUGAAGCCAUUGGUGGGAGACGUUCAUGUUGACGGGGAAGUUCGAUCAGCGGCAGAGCUCUUGGUCACAAAGGGAUAUCAAUGGCUGUCGUUUGGAGGAACCACCGCUUCAGUACUGACGGGUGUCAUACCGCUUUUCAACAUCAAUAAUGGUGGUCUCGGCAGUAGCAGCAGCAGUAGCUCCAACAACAACACCAACACCAACAGCGGGAUCGCCGACCCUGCACAAGGACUCGUCUUUGCUCGGUCACAGCAAUUGGCCAAGAUGUCUACCCACGGCUGGCUUACACUAAUUGGCUCAGUGGAGGAUACCAACAAACAUGGCUGGAAACUCUUUACUCUCUUUGUGCGGGAUUGUCUCGGUUGCUGGGAUUCAGGAGCGCACUUCUUUGUGAGCGACACAAACAGCUCAACAAUCGCUCAAGCACUCCAGCUCGUGCGACAGCUUGCACCCUCAUGGCAACCACGUUACAUGCUGACGGAUCGGUCUCCUGCCGUUACUGCCGGCAUCGAGAUCACCUUCCCCAAGGCCACACAUGGAGAGCAACAGGCGGACCAGCAAGAGUGCAAGGUCAUUUUUUCCGCGACACAUACGAUGCAGGUCUGGGAGCGGAGCAUUACCGCUCCUCAGACACGACAAAUGAUGGUACAGGCGCUUCACUGCAGGACUCGACUUGGCUUUGAACAUAUGAUAGAGAAGGCACUUAGCGGCUGCAACAACCAAGAGACCAAACAGCACAUCAAAGACUGCAUCGUCAGUACAGAUCGAUGGGCGUUGUUUGCACGUCAGGAGUCGCCCUUUUUGCUUCAAGCCGCCUCACUCUCCAUCCUUGACGCCUACCACCACGAAGUCAAGCGUCUCUCAUCUGUCACUCGCGGUCUCAUUGGAACAAGUCGAGCCGUCAUGGAGUUGGACGAUAUCAAUACGGAACUCGCGCUCAAAGCUCGAACAGCAUCAUGCACCAACGAAAGCACCCGCAUCGACGACAUCCGAUCCCCACUUCUUAGCCACAUCAAGCACUUUCCCUACACCGUCCAAACCCUCCUCGUGGACGAAGCGCGUGCGAUGAACGCAAGGAUCGCCAAAGGCAAACGACCCCCAGGAUUGAAACAUCUCCGGUGCGGAUGCGAUUUCUUCAACAAGUACUUACUCCCCUGUCGACAUAUCCUUCAUAUGGCGCUGUUUGGAGAUUUGAGUUCGGGAAAGGAACCGUCAUUUCUGAGUGAUGCGGAUUGGAUGCUAUUUCAGGAUAUGUUCACGAAGAAGGAAGGAUUGGAUGUCUACCGGACGAGGAACCCUGUAGCGAGGAAUGGUCAUGAGGUUGUAGAGAAGACGGCUGAGGAGGGAGGCAAGGAGGAAGUGGACAGGUUGAAAAUGGAGGAGCUGUUUGAGAGGUCUCAGCGACUGUAUCAGGAUCUGGCCGAUCGAAGCGAUCAGAAGGGACUUGAGGCGCUUGUUGCUGACCUUGAGGCCUUUUCUUCUCGUCAACCAUUUUAA